AGACACAGACACGCACUCGCCUAACCGGCAGUUGACUGCGCGCGCGCGUCGGCAGCGGCUGUAUGAAAUCAUCGCCUGUGGUAGACAAAGCUGCAAGCACGGUUGGGCGAUUAGAAGAAACGCCUGGUGUUGCUGGUGUUGAGAAUAAACCAGACAGCUCCAUCCCCCCCGAGUUCGUGUGGAUAAUCAGUGGCUGGUCAGUGAUGUCAGGUGCGUGGAGACCGGAUAAAAGCGGAAUGACAGUUUCAGCCAAUCCGGCUACAGAUGUGAUGAUGGUCUUCUUCAUUUAUUAGACUAAAUGAUAUGUUUGUAGUGAUGUCAUUUUAACACACUGACAUGUACGUCCUUCUGAAAGGGGUCACUCGUUAGGUGGUGUUAUUUUAUGUACACAGCCUACUUGAUGCUCUCGAGCUCGCUGGGAGACUUGCAAAGGAAACCUGUUUUUUCACCCAUCAGUUUUGUUUACUGAUGUGAACUUGGAUAACUUGUAAGCAAUCAGGGACCAUAUUUAGUCGUAGCGCGCGCCUUUCUCAAUCUAAUUCUGCUCAACUUCAAAUCAUAGCCCAAAGCUUUAAAAUAAUUUAUGAUCUAAAUUCGCUUCCAGCUUCUUUUUUAAAGUGUAUAGCUGCAUAUCUCGACCGCGUCAUGUAGCGAGACUCGGUUUUUGAGUGAUGAGGUUGGAGGAGCAACAUCUGGACAUCUGCGCGCUGAUGUUGGGCUGAAAGCAGAGUACCUGAUUCCUGCUGAAAGCUGAACUGAGGGAAGGAGAGGAGCAGCAUGUCCAAAGCGCUGAAGAGGAAGAAACACUGGUCGACCAAAGUGCGUGAGUGCGCCGUGUCGUGGGGAGGCGCGGGCGAGUUCGGCUCCGUGGUCGAGCUGCUCGGAGGAGCUGAACAUGGCCUCUUCCCCUUCCUCGGACACAUGGACCUCGACGCACUCGUGUGUCACGUUGGCUCGCUGCCGUACUACGGGGACGUGCUACUGGAGGUGAACGGCACGCCCGUGAGUGGCCUAACCAACCGAGACACGCACGCCGUGAUCCGCCACUUCAGAGAGCCCAUCCGCAUAAAGACCGUGAAACCAGGCAAAGUGCUAAACACAGACUUGAGGCAUUACCUCAGCUUGCAGUUCCAGAAGGGUUCACUGGACCACAAAUUACAGCAAGUCAUCCGGGACAACCUUUACCUGCGUACUAUACCAUGUACAACUCGUCUGCCCAGAGAAGGAGAGGUUCCUGGAGUGGACUACAACUUCAUCAGUGUAAGUGACUUCAGGAUCUUGGAGGAGAGUGGAUUACUGCUGGAGAGUGGAACUUAUGAUGGAAACUACUAUGGCACGCCCAAACCCCCUGCAGAGCCGAACUUGGUUCAGCCUGAUCUGGUUGACCAGGUGUUAUUUGAGGAAGAAUUUGGAACAGAAGUUCAACGGAAGCGCACCACCUCUGUCAGCAAGAUGGACCGCAAUGACAGUGCUGUCCCUGAGGAGGACGACGAUGAGGAGCGACCAGCACUUCCAAAUGGCCUUCCAGAGGGAAGUGAAGAGUGGAGGAGGCCGGUGCCCAGCUACACUCAAUCUAACAGCAGCAGCAGUGUCACUCGUGGAGGUGGCAGCAGCAGUAGUGAGCUUGUUCGCACCUGGAGUUCUCUCUCCAGAGACGACAGCCUCGAACCUCUACCAUACAACUGGGAGAUGGCCUACACUGAAACGGGCAUGGUCUACUUCAUUGAUCAUAACACAAAAUCUACCACGUGGCUGGAUCCUCGCCUUGUCAAGAAAGCUAAACCACCUGAAAAGUGUGAGGAUGGAGAGCUUCCAUACGGCUGGGAGGAGAUUGAGGACGCACAAUAUGGCACAUACUACGUUGAUCACAUAAACCAAAGAACCCAAUUUGAGAAUCCGGUUGUAGAAGCAAAGAAGAAACUUGCACAAGAGGCUGCAGCUGCAGCACAGAGCCAAAAGGGGGCAGCACCUGCUCCAGGUGGUGAAGGGGGAACUCCAGGAUUCACUCGUGACCCCACUCAGCUGAAGGGCGAGUUAUAUCACACGGCUUUGAAAAAAAGUGCUCAGGGUUUUGGCUUCACCAUAAUCGGAGGAGACCGAUCUGAUGAGUUCUUGCAGGUGAAGAAUGUCCUGGCAGAUGGACCAGCUGCACAAGACAACAAGAUGGCCUCUGGUGAUGUAAUUGUGGAGAUCAAUGGCACACUGGUCCUUGGUAAGACCCACAAUGAUGUGGUGCAGAUGUUCCAGUGCAUCCCCAUUAGCCAGUAUGUGGAUAUGGUCUUGUGUCGUGGCUACUCACUGCCUCCAGAUGUACAGGAUGACAAUGAAGAGCUUCCUCCUCCUCCACCUCCUCCUCCCUCAGCUGGUGAAGUGGUAACAGCUGUACCCCUCAUCAAUGGGCAGCCACUGCUAGUGAAGGGUGAUGCUUUGAAUGCUUCGUCCCAGGAGCUCCACUACCUCACUACUGAUGCCAGUGGGAGGCCUAUUGUGGCGGCACUACCCAACAUUCCUACUGCUGCUGAUGAGAGGCCUGAGGGUGGAAUGCUGCAGCCAGAGUUGGUCACUGUGCCUCUCGUGAAAGGCCCAGGUGGGUUUGGAUUUGCUAUUGCUGACAGUCCACUGGGCCAGAAGGUGAAGAUGAUCCUGGAUGCGCAGUGGUGCCGUGGCCUGCUCAAGGGGGACGUUAUCAAGGAGAUUAACAGGCAGAAUGUGCAGACGUUGAGCCAUGCACAGGUGGUGGACAUACUCAAGGAGCUGCCUGUGGGAAGUGAGGUCAACCUGCUGGUGCUGCGAGGAGGUCAGACUUCACCAGUAAAAAGUCUUAGACCUAGACAGGAAAUAAGUGCCAGCCUAGAGACUUUGGACCAGUGCCAUGAUGUCGGAGCCCCCCAAGCGCUAACUUAUUAUUCAAGCACAUUGCCCAGUAGCUCCCCGAGACGAGAUGUCACCCUCCGCCAGUGCAAGCCCAAGGGCCCUGUACAUGAGUCUGGACAGAGAGCAGUGCCUCAGUAUAAAGAGCUGGAUGUGUUUAUAAAGCGAGAUCAAGAGACAGGAUUUGGCUUCCGGGUGCUCGGAGGAGAAGGGCCUGAGCAGCCAGUAUACAUUGGUGCCAUCAUAGCCCAGGGAGCAGCAGAGAAAGAUGGUCGUCUGCGAGCAGGGGAUGAGCUAAUGGCCAUUGAUGGUAUCACAGUAAGGGGCAAAUCCCACAAGCAAGUUCUGGAUCUGAUGACCAAUGCAGCUCGCAAUGGACAGGUGCUCCUGACUGUGCGGCGCAAAGUCAUCUACAGGGAUAUAUCUGAUGAUGAAGGGGCACAAAACCUGGCUCCGGUAUUAAUGAAUGGUUCUCCAAAAACACCACGGAUUCAAGUCCCAAGUGUCUUGGACCAUAAUAUGAUGGAUAUUACACUCCAUCGCAAAGACAACGAAGGCUUUGGCUUUGUCAUACUCACUUCCAAAAGCAAACCCCCACCUGGAGUAAUCCCUCAUAAGAUUGGUCGAAUCAUUGAGGGCAGUCCAGCUGACAGAUGCUGUCUGUUAAGUGUGGGUGACCGUAUCUCUGCUGUUAAUGGCCGCUCCAUUAUCGAGCUCUCUCAUAGCGACAUUGUGCAGCUUAUUAAAGAUGCUGGCAAUGCUGUCACACUCUCUGUAGUUCCUGAGGAUGAAUACAAAGGCCCACCCUCGGCAGCCAGCUCAGCCAAACAGAGCCCAGCUUUGCAACACAGGACAAUGAAAUCCAGCACACAGGAGGAGAGAUAUAAUCUUGAUCCGGAGGAGAUCAGGGAUGAGCUGGUCUGGGCCGAAUAUAAAAUGAUAACAGAUAAAGAAAAAGAAACACUAUGUGGGACAAGCUCAAAACAGGGUUGUAUUCUUGUGGAGUUAGAGCGUGGCCCACGUGGUUUCGGUUUCAGUCUGAGAGGAGGGACAGAGUAUAACAUGGGCCUCUACAUCCUGCGAUUGGCUGAAGAUGGCCCUGCGCUUCAGGACGGCAGGAUUCAGGUUGGAGAUCAAAUAGUGGAAAUCAAUGGCGAGCCCACGCAGGGUAUCAGUCAUACCAGAGCCAUCGAACUCAUCCAGGCUGGAGGAAACAAAGUACUGCUGCUCCUGAGACCUGGACCAGGGCUUGUGACUGACAACAGCCCUGAAGCACCAGAUCCAGCAGUCUCUUCACAUCUGAACUCUCAAGAUGACGUUCUCCUCAAAGAGCAACUGCCAUAUGAAUCUACAGACUUUUCAUUCUGCUCACCCCUUACUCAACCUUCCUCACCCCCAUUAUCUUUAGAGAAGAGACAGGACAGAGACAUUUGGAACCACCCUUCCCUCUCUCCAAACCUUGCCAAGUCCAGGUCCAGUCUUUCUCCUCGUCCAAAAAGCAACAGCAAAGCCAGGAGCACUAAACCUCAAAACUCUGUUUCUCCCUCAACUGUAAAACCAAUACGUGACAAGAGAAGUAAGUCUAGAGAAAAUAAUAUUGACUCUGGAAGUAUAGAAUCGAAACUUAAUGGUCCAUCUAAUACCAAAGAUGAUCUACCACAUUGCUCACAAGAUCCCACGAAGCCCAAGAAGUCCAGCAAACGCCAACCAAGCCGCACGAAAAGUCACAAACAGUCAAAUCAAUCAGGACAGGAAAGGGGGGCCAAUGGAGAAGACAUUUGCUCAAAGAGGUCAUUUCAAAGGGAGGAAAAGAAUGAUAGUAGUGAGAGGGUAGGAAGGGAUUGCUCGAGAGGGAGGCAGAGAACCAAGAAGAGAGAGGGCAGGAACAGAAAGAAUGCUGAAACAAAUGGACGAGAAGAAGUGGUGGAGGCUGGGGCAGAGACAAAAGAAGAGCUGAAGCUGACAAGCGUGAUUAGACAGGACAAGCCAUUAGAGGUCAUGGAGAAAGAACAAGACACCAGCAAAUCCACAGUAAAAAAAAGUGGGAGUCAUCAUAAAAAAAAAGAGGACAAGCCACAGCAAAGAAAGAGUAAAGAACGACAGAGUAAUUCAAAGAGAAAUAAACAGGGUAAAGAAUGGGACAUCGAGGUAUAUGAUAUAGUAAUAGAAAAAGGGGACCAAAAUGAAUGUGAGGAUGAUCUGAUCAUGACACAUGCACCAGAUCAAAACGAUCACUGGACAGUACCCAGCUUUGCACGCAUUUUAACUCAUGACGAGGUCAUGCGGGAUUUGUACGGGUAACUGAAGCAUGCAGCUCACAUUGUGGAGAGAAACGUGGCUUCUUUGCUUUCUUCAGAAUACUGUUCUGCCAAUUCACAAUUUAACCAUGUUUACAAAGCUGCCAUACUCUGUCCCUCUUUUUCCACAGACACUCAUCUGACAGUGUAGAGUGGGUUUCAUUAUGCUCCCAGUGAGUCCAUUAUUCCUCUAUUUUAAUGCACAGGAUGGAUAAAAGCAGUAAAAAUUGAGUUGCUGCUAUUCUGCUCUUAUCCCCAUAAUGCUAGGGGCAGAGAGGCUUGGACUAGAGCAUCUGUUCCUUACAAAACAUCUGCUGUGACUAUGUGGUCAAGUCAACAGGACCUCAGCUCUGCCCUAAUGUUUCCACAUUGACAGCUUUGAAAUAUGCGGAUUCUCGGCUGUCCAUCACAAUGCAGUUCAUUCAUAUGCAAUGAAAGGGACCAUACCCCUCUCCAAUCACCAAAAUAAUGAACACGAACUUUUAUGUUUUGAGUUUUAUUAUAUGUCCUCAAGUCAUAUUGUCCCUACUGAGAUUAUUGCCUCUAUUACUGCAUGCAAAAACUGACCUUUAUCCCUCAACUUGCUUUUGUUGCAUGCUUUUGAAAUAUGAGUUUCAAACACACUUUUAACAAAGGACUUUACAUAGAGGUUUGAGGCUGAAUUCUCUGCAGCAAACUAGCUUUAAGGACUUUUGUAGACUGUUCUCUGACACUGACAUGCCUAAAUUCUUGAUCUUCAAAUCAUAUUAUUAUUGCAAAAGACCAGAAACUUGUGCUUCUUUGCUAUUUCUAUGAAACAUUAGUUGUGUAUAAGCAUAGAGACAUGUAGCCAUAUCGACUCACUGAACGUGAUGUAUACAGUUACGUAAAGUACGCGGUAGCUUUUACAUGGUAGCAACUAUUUUGACCCAUCACAAAACUAAUGGUACAUGCAGAAGUGUCUUCAAGUGUCUUGUGAUACUGGAUGUCUCAUUUCUUUGACUUUUUCUGGAUGUCUGUCUACAAAACCAAUGUAAAUGCAGGCAGUUGAGCUCCGGAACUAAUGAAAUAUGACUAAUUUCAUAUACAUAAUAUAUUUUUCAGAUGAUUAUUAUGGUUCACAAUUCUCUAAAUGUCUCACACAUCUUUGUGAAUGGCAAAUAUAUUCAAUAUAUCAAAAUACCAGUCUAUGGUAAGGUGAAAAUUUCUCAAAAUAGAAAUAUUGAAGGUAUUGUGUCCACUGAUUUAUCAUUUUCAUAAAUCUGUAUUCACUUUCACUCAUAAGAAAAAUGUUGUGUAGCAUCAUUAAGGGCUGAUUUAUGACGCUGGACGGAUGGAUUCAUAAGGGGACAUGCUUCAUCAGAACCAAAGGAUUGGUGAACAGUGUGUGUGUUCUGUGUGUAUGUCGUGACUCACCUCAGGUUGUGAACUGAUAUAGAAUAGCUAAUGGUCCUCUGUGAUAGCUUUGAUGUAUUGAAGCCAUUCACUUUCACCAUAAGCUUUUCAGGCUGCUCUGAUCUGUUACAAAUGAUGAAUCAUUGGACACAUCCGGAAAGCAUACAGUUCCUUUAUUCUUUUAUCAGUGACAAAUGAUCAAGAGUUGUGGCUAGAUACAAACAGGGUUGCCACCACUUUAUGUCAGGAACAUUCAGCUGAAUUCUGGUUUGAUAGGAGAAACGGACACUAAAGAAAAAAGUCACUAAAGUUUUCAGCACCAUGCCAUUAACUCUGUACAACCCAGAUCUGUUAGUAAUGUUAUGGAAUGAAAUGGUGUCCUCUUACAUCUUUUCAUCAACAGGUGAUGAAAUCUGAAUGGUCAUGUCUAUGUGCUCUAAGAUGUAAAUGUUUAUAUAGUGUACAGCGCCUUUAUAAAUGUGAUGUUGUGUGCACACUCAUAAGAAAGAAUAGAGAUCUGUAAAUUGACGUCAUUAUUUUUGUAUUCAAAUAUUUAAGGUGGAUAAAAACAAAAUAACAUACCCUUGUUCAGGUAAUGCACUGUAAAAUAAAGUCAUUUAUUCUCCAUGAAUUGCCCAUUUCGUUAAAAAGUGUCAAUGUUGUUUUCUUAAAAAAUAAACCUUGUGAAAUUUGUCAGUCUGUUUGAGAUGGAAUCUUAUAAGGCGUGCAAUAUUUAAAACAGAUUCAGAUAAAUAUUAUCUAAAAUAUCUAAGUUCGAUGUUUCCCAGCUGCUUCAGUAAUGCAAAAAGCAUGUGCUGAAUGUUGGAGAUAGUGCCAGUGAAUACUUCACAAAUGACUUGCUGGAUGUCUCCUUCAGCAACCGAGGACAAGGUAUUUUGGUACCUUCUUCUGUUAACCCUAGUUUAACUUUUUAGUUUGGAGCUUGCUUUAACCAUGAAGGCAGUUGUAUCAAAUUUCAUAUUUUAUCAAAUAUUUUAUCAAAGUAUGAAUAUUUUAUUAUUAUUGCAUUUUAAAUUUUAGUUCAUUUCAUUAUAUUAGAAUGAAGAUAAAACAUGCAUUACUGUCUGAAAAUACACUGUAUUUUUUGUACUCUGACACACAAUUCACUCAAAGGGCCAUGCAAAUGUCAAACACUUCCCCCAUCCCUUCACCUCCGUUUGAGGAGCAAUUUUUUAAACGGGGCAAUGACAUUACACUCCUGUUUAGGGAAAGUAAAAGCAGCAUGGUAUAUAGCUAAUAGUUUGUGAUUUCUGGGGCAGGUAUUAUCAGCAGGAAUGCUGUUGUGACUCUGUUACUAUCUCUUACGUAGGAGCACUUUGGAAUCCUGAAAUGUUCUGUGCUGUUAUGAAAACCAUGUGCACAUAUCUGAAUGAAUAAAGUCUGGUGGCUUCACAAUGCUUGUCUUGUAACACAGCUAUAGAGUUUGGCACUAAAGCCUACAGAAUAUGCAUUACAUGCAUUCACAGGAACUCCUACAUUUUUAUUAUAAUUUGAUUUAGUGUAAAUUCAGCUCUGGUGAUAAUGUGAUAAACAUGUGAUAUGUGUUUGCUUCAUUUCCUUGCUAAUGUUAAUAUUCCAAGAUCGGGACACCUUAUGAGUUUUUGUUCUGUGCCAAGCUCCAAAAUUCACUUUUCUGAAAGAUUAA